AUGUCAAGUGAUAAUACUGGUGAGAUCGCGGCUAUUAGUGUUACCGUUUCUGUCGUCGUUGUUGUGGUGAAGAUAGCCAUCAUUGUAUAUGUAUGCAAUAAACGAUCUAAGAUGCAAACGGAACCAUUCCCUAACGAUUCCCGUUUUAUUCCGCUCGCCAUGGUUAAAUUCCUGGAUGACAUGGAAAGAGAAAAACCGAUCCGGUUCACCGCUCAACAGCUAAGAAUAGCGACAGAAAACUUCAGCAUCUUAUUGGGUUCAGCUAAACUCUGCAACAGGGAUAACACUCAUAUAACGAUGACCGGAGGACGUGGUACUCCGGGAUACGCCGCCCCAGAACUCUGGCUACCUCUCCCGGUUUCACACAAAUGUGAUGUUUAUAGUUUCGGUAUGCUACUCUUUGAGAUCAUCGGAAGAAGGAGGAACAUGGACGUGAGACUUGCAGAUAGUCAACAAUGGUUUCCAAUAUGGGUGUGGGGGAAAUACGAAAGGAAAGAGUUGAAAGAUUUGAUGAUAGUUUGUGCGAUUGAAGAGAAGGAUCAUGAAGCUGUUGAGAGGAUGCUUAAGGUAGCUAUUUGCUGCGUUCAGUAUAGACCGGAGACUCGGCCGGUGAUGAGCAUCGUUGUGAAAAUGUUGGAAGGUGCAUUACCGGUGCCGGAGCCUUUAAAUCCGUUUUCGUAUCUGUUCUCAGGUGCUAAUGAAGUUGAUGAUUCUUUGGCUCGAUUGGCCUGGAAUGGCGGUGGUUCUGAUUGGUCUUCGUCUGAUGUUAACACCAAGUCUACUGUAGUUGCAGGUACACCUUUGAUGAGGAGACAUGAGAUCACAAUGGCAUCGGAGUAA